UUUGAAUUUGUUGGAUCUUGCCACAUAUACAAUCGAGCAGGCCUCGAACUUUUUGAGUUCACUUCAGUUCGUCAGAACCAAGGAAAUCAAGGUCGACUUCAUGUCUCCGGGUGAAUCCACAACGAUACCCCAGUUCCUCGCCAUUGUCCAGGAGAGAUUCGAUAAUCACAAACUUGAAUCCAUCAGCGUCGACGGUGUUUAUCGUUCGGGACAGGUGCACACAGGACAGAGCGUCUUCACACCACUGUACACAUGCUGCAAUCUAACCCGACUCAUUAUUGAACGCGUCUGUGACCUUUCCAUAUCCGACGAGGAGCUGUGCCAGCUGGCGACAGCUUGGCCUAAGCUUCAAGCGCUCCAAAUCAAAUGCUAUACCGUCGGUAAAAUACCGACAUUCUAUGGGCUAACCAGUUUACUUUGGCGCUGUCCCGGUUCGACUUCGCUCGCUCUUGUCAUCGAUUUCACCAAGUUGAAAGGUAUAGAUCUCAAGAGUCCUGGCAGCGGACGCUGCAAUAAGCGUCUCAAAUCCCUCGCCCUCGGAAAUUUACCCAUCGAAGUUCCGGUGGACGUGGCUC